AACUUGUGCAUGCAGUAAGUUUAAUUUAGCGGUGAGCUAAAAUAUAUUCAUUUAAGUAAAAUUUCCAGUACCACACACGGUUCUCCCGCCAACGACCGGUGUUAUGCCACCGAUUGACCUCCCGACGUAAUCGUUAUCCUUAAAGCAAAACCACCGCACUUUCUCAUUCGAGCUUGAUAAUAAUGCUUUUAGUUUUCGCAACGCUCGUUUAUGAAAAUACAGUCGCAUUCGGUUAUAGCAUGGGAUUAAUUUACGUAACAAUAAUGUUGGUGACACUUUAUACUGUGACGAUGACCAUCGCAUCGAACGCUAAGCGCACAGGAGAAAUGAUGAGGCCUCCUAGCACAACGCCGACAUACGUCAUUACGUCGUAAGAAUAUGGCCGAGGUGACUAGCGUGUAAAUGAAACGCUUAUGAUUUCGGGGCAAGUUCUAGGUUAAUUUGGACACAAAACCUUAAAAUGUCGGACGCACUCGUAACACAGACUCUUGAGGAUCGACUGAAUCGUCUGCAGGAGCUGAGACAGUUCACUGAAAACUGCAAAGAACAACUAAACCAUAUAUUUGAAACGCUGGGAUGGUCGCUGGAUUACAAACAGGAAGCAAUGGAGCAGUGUCCCUAUGAUCCGAACCACAUAGUCCCAGUCAGGAGCCUGGAGAAACACAAAGUCUUCUGCAGCCUUAGAAAGUUGGGCUACUCAGCUGAGGAGCAGGCGGAGAUGUACGACACUUCUGUGUGUUACGAGAACACCAGCGUCAGAAGCUUUACAAUGGACAAAUCCACCCAGCACCAGGUGAUCAUGCAGGCACGAUCUGCUGCACCUCUGAUGAGGAUGGAAGGAGUCUUCUGGCAAGGUCAGUACUCUGGCCAACCUGUUGACGUGCCUCAGAACCACAAGCGAGCUGUGUGUGACCUCACUGUGGCCGACCGCUUGGCUCUGUACGACCACGUGGUCGGCGUCUUCAGCCAGCAGAAGGAAGCUGCCUCCUCCAGCAAUGAAGACCUCUACGUGGAUUUGGUUUCCAAGCUUCAGAAGGCUGAAGAACAGAAUGAACCUAAAACACACCUGGAGCUGAUGGCAGAGAUGAGGGAUUACAAGAGGCGGCGCCAGUCCUAUCGUGCCAAGAACGUUCACAUCACCAAAAAGUCCUACACUGAGGUGAUCAGAGAGGUGAUAAACGUCCACUCGGAGGAGCUCGCCAGACAGUGGAGGGAGGAAGAUGGCGAGGAAGAGUUGAGGAAAUCGGACCACUCACCCCACAGGCGGGUGGAUGAAAGGAGGUCGACGUCCUCAGAGUCUCACCACUCCCACAGCAGACACCAUCGCAGUCGAGAACGAAGCCAAGACAAAGAGCGCAAGAAGAAGAAAAAGAAGAGGGCCAGGGAUUCCCGUUCCCCAGAUGACUACCACCAUGACCGAAAGAAGAAGAAAAAGAAGAAGAAAGAGGAGAGAGAGAAGGAGAAGUAACAGCCCUGGAUCAGGAACAACAGAAGUCAGACCAUAUGAGGUCAAGGGCCGUGGCAGCCUCUGGAUGUCAAAGGUUUUAGUUGUCAUGACAUUUUAAGUUUACAAUCUGGGGGAUUUUGGAAUGAUAUUAAUUGUAAUAAAGUUUUGGGAACCAGCAAUAUGAACAUUUUGAGCUUUUUGUGCUUUGCAAAUAAUAUGUUAAAGUUUUUCUCCUGUUACUACUGAUCUUCGUUUAAAGUAUUUGACAGUGUAAUCACACCUUGACCAAGCUCCACCCGCCUGAUUUGUUAUGAUUUUUAACUACAAACUAAGUGGAAUGUUAGACAGUUGUGUCAUAGUUGGCACACUUUCACCACAAGGUCAAAGGUCACUCUUUCAGUGUUUCAAUUUUGCAGUGUGUCUUCAAGUGUAAACACAAAGUUCCUGUACUCAUUGGGGAAAAAUGGAAAGUAUUGUAAAUUUAAUCUUUGGUUUUUAAAGUCUAGAUUGAUUUUAGAAACAGGUUUUUCAUUCUGAAAUCCUUUUCAGAAAAAGAUGCUACUUAAAAUGUGCAAGUCGUGACUUAAUGAAACAACUGAAGGUUUGAGCUGAGCUUUGUUUUGCAGUGUAAAAAUUGGACUAAGGAGCAAAAACUAAUUUGCAGGAUCCAUAUGUGUUCCAGCUAAACGUAGUGUUUUCAGCCUCUUACCAAGUGCAAAGUAUUCACUGUAUCAUUUUACUGGGAGGAAGGUAUUCUUAAAAAAUUGGAAUAAAAGCUUUUUUUUCCUCA